AUGAAGGCCCGCUCAGGGCCGGAGGAGGCCCAGCCGCCGGCCUCAGACAUCCGCGUGUUCGCCAGCAGCUGCUCGAUGCACGGCCUGGGCCACGUCUUCGGCCCGGGGGGCCCGAUGGCGCGCCGGGGGCUGUGGACCACAGCCGUGCUCCUGGCACUGGCCACCCUCCUCUACCAGGUGGCUGGGAGGGUGCGCUACUACGGGGAGUUCCACCACGAGACGGCCCUGGAGGAGCGUGAGAGCCGCUGGCUCACCUUCCCGGCCAUCACCCUGUGCAACAUCAACCCGCUGCGCCGCUCACGCCUCACGCCCAACGACCUGCACUGGGCCGGGCCCGCGCUGCUGGGCCUGGAGCCCGCCGAGCACGCCGCCUACCUGCGUGCCCUGGGCCGGCCCCCCGCGCCGCCCGGCUUCAUGCCCAGCCCCACCUUCGACGUGGCCCGGCUCUACGCCCGGGCCGGGCAUGCCCUCGAGGACAUGCUGCUGGCCUGCCGCUACCGAGGCUGGCCAUGCGGGCCCGAGAACUUCACCACGGUCUUCACCCGCAUGGGGCAGUGCUACACCUUUAACUCUGGCGCCGAAGGGGCAGAGCUGCUCACCACUCCCAAGGGCGGCAUGGGCAAUGGGCUGGAGGUCAUGCUGGACGUGCAGCAGGAUGAGUAUCUGCCCAUGUGGAGGGAUAUGGAGGAGGCGCCGUUUGAGGCGGGGAUCCGAGUGCAGAUCCACAGCCAGGAGGAGCCGCCACUCAUUGACCAGCUGGGCUUCGGGGCAGCCCCUGGCUACCAGACUUUUGUGUCCUGCCAGAAGCAGCAACUGAGCUUCCUGCCGCCACCCUGGGGUGACUGCAGCUCUGUCUCUCUGGACCCUGACUUUGAGCCAGAACCCUCUGGUCCUCUGGGUGCCCCAAGUCCCAGCCCAGGCCCCAGCCCUCCCUAUAGUCUAAUAGGGUGUCGCCUGGCCUGCGAGAGCCGCUAUGUGGCUCGGAAGUGCGGCUGCCGAAUGAUGCAUAUGCCAGGCGGCGCGCCGGUGUGCAGCCCCCAGCAGUACAAGGACUGUGCCCACCCGGUGCUGGACGCCAUGCUGCGGAAGGACGCGUGCACCUGCCCCAACCCGUGCGCCAGCACGCGCUACGCCAAGGAGCUCUCCAUGGUGCGGAUGCCGAGCCGCGCCGCCGCCCGCUACCUGGCCCGGAAACACAACCGCAGCGAGGCCUACAUCGCGGAGAAUGUGCUGACGCUGGACAUCUUCUUUGAGGCCCUCAACUACGAGACGGUGGAGCAGAAGAAGGCCUAUGAAAUGUCGGAGCUGCUCGGUGACAUUGGGGGCCAGAUGGGGCUGUUCGUCGGCGCCAGCCUGCUCACGGUCCUGGAGAUCUUGGACUACCUCUGUGAGGUGUUCCGGGACAGAGUCCUGGGAUACUUCUGGAACCGAAAGCGCUCCCAAAGGCACUCCAGCGCCAACCUGCUUCAGGAAGGGCUGGGCAGCCAUCGAACCCCAGUUCCCCACCUCAGCCUGGGCCCCAGGGCCGUGGUCCGUGUCUCCCCAGGCCUCCCACCCCUCCCUGUGCCGUCACCAAGACGCUCUCUUCCUCUCAACGCACCUGCUACCUCGUCACCCGGCUCUAGAUGGGGCGGCUGUGUCUUCAGGGCCGCACCCUGACAUCCUGGACGUGGCCAGCCCGCACGUGUCUUUGCCACCUU